AAAUUGCUUGGCUUUCAACCCUUUUAAUGAGUGGGUUGUGGCAACGGGGUCCACCGAUAAGACUGUUAAGUUAUUUGACCUACGCAAGAUCUCCACUGCUGUCCACACAUUUGCUUGUCACAAGGAGGAGGCUUUUCAAGUUGGGUGGAAUCCAAAGAAUGAGACCAUCUUAGCUUCUUGUUGUCUUGGUAGGAGACUUAUGGUGUGGGAUCUUAGCAGGAUUGGUGAAGAGCAGACACCAGAAGAUGCUGAAGAAGGUCCACUCGAAUUGCUCUUCAUUCAUGCUGGUCAUACGAGUAAAAGUUCAGAUUUCUCAUGGAAUCCAUGUGAAAAUUGGGUCAUUGCCAGCCUAGCGGAAGAUAACAUUCUUCAGAUCUGGCAGAUGGCCGAGAACAUCUACCACGAUGAAGACGAUCUACCAAGGAGAUGAAUCCACAAAAGGUACCACCUAGUCAAAAGGUUAAAUAAUUGGGUCAAAGAAGAAGUCCGCUAAUUGGGUCCAGUUCUUGGGCCUGGCCCAAAUUCAAUCCAACUACAUCUUACCAUUUUUUUGGUGCAAUAGUAAUAAGUCAUGCUUAUGGACGUCUAUAAUGUUAUUAUUGAAUCACUUGUUGAAUUCAGUUGAUCUAAAGGAAAUCAAACUCCUAAAUAUUCCAAAAUUUCGGAAAAAAAUGAUGUUGCAUGUUCAUGUUAUAGAAUUGGAAGAGUAAAUUAUUAUGUUUCAGAUUUAAAAUGAACUUUUUCCAAUCUUAAAACUGAUUUAUGUCGUUAAACGCAGCAUAAAUGUACUUUAUUCGUCUAAUAUUCGAACCAAGUCAUCUAAUGGUAUUUUUUUUCUCAUUUCAAAGUAAAAAUUAGAAGGUUAGAGUCGCUCUCUGCUAGCGUAGUGCAAAAUUGUGUAAAACUAUUAGUAUUAUUUAUAUAAAAAAUGGUUAUAUUCAUUGUUUCAAAUUAAUGUUCAACUUAAAUAUUUGUAAUCUAAUGAUGUCGAGGAGGAGGACAGAUUAGAUAUUGUCAUUGUCAACAUCUUUUUUUCUUAAGAAUACAAUAAAGGAUUAUUUUGGAACACAGGGUAUAUUUCAUUUCGAUUUAAACCAUAAGAAAUUUCGGAAUUCAUGGAAAAAUUGAUUAAGAGGUCAUUAUCAAUAUGAUUUCUCUUGGAUUAAAUGGUCUGGAUUAAUACCACAAAAAUGGCUAAAUAGAGUCAAUGUGUCGGUGUUGGUGACUAUCUUAAAUAAUACUGUUUAUAAAUGUUUAUACAAGGAUAUCCUCAUUUUAACUUUUUCAAAAAGAAAGAUAUAUUUCAAUUUACUGAAACUGAGCUAUUUUAAAGAAGGGAGAGUAUUAAAAAAAAUCAACAAAUUAGUCUCUUCAAUUUUCCAUUUUCUUUACUUUUUCCUUUAUUAUUUUUAUUUUGAAAAUAUUUUUUUGUGAAGUCAUUUCCGGUACUAAUUGAUUGACAAAAAUUAAAAUUAAUCACCCUUCCUCAAGAAUUUAAACGGUAUUUCUUCCAUGUGGUUGAAAACUUGUGAAUAUUUAAACUUCAUAAAAAUAAAUACUCCAUAAAUAUCUUUAUUGAAUUUUUUGUCGGUUCUUUCUCACAUUCCUUACUCUAUUCAAAGCCUCUCAUACGACAAACAGGAGAAGAUAUUGGGAUCCGAACCUACUCACGCGUGCACAUAAUUUACCGAUUAGAGCAUUUGUUAUUUUAACCUCAUUUAACUUCGUUUUGGAAAAGUGACUUUAAAUAAAUACUCUAAUUUUUAUAUAAUAUAUAUUUAUUUUACUAAGUCCCUGAUUUUCAUAUUAGGGAAGGGUAAGAUUUUCAUGGAAGUACAAAAUUAUUAUUUGAUAAAAUUUGAUCAAUAGAAAAUAAUAUUGAGGGCAUUCACUUAUUGUAUUAUUGUGACACGCUAAAUUUCAAAGAAGUCAAGAUAAUAAAUGUCUACGGGUGAUUUGUUCGCUAAAUUUUAAAGAAGUCAAAAUAAUAAUGGUCUACGGGUAAUUUGUUCAACCCUCGUGGGAGGCCAGUGUAAAUAAACAUACUACAUUGCUACAUCUGGAGCGUAAUAAGUCACGUACACUUCGAGCUCGUGGAAAGGCUUCUCUCUGUAGUUUCUACGGAGUACAAGUUAGCAUGUUGCCUCCUUUCAUUAGCUACAGCCGAGAGAAGAGCGUAUAAAUGACAUCUCUCUCUCUCUCUUUCUCUCUCUAAAAACACACACAAAACCAAAAUAUAAAUUCCCAUCUUCCGUAUUACUUUAUUCGAAUCUAACUGUCUUAUCGCGUGAUUUCUGACUCUGCACGUUGUUUCGUUUCAUUUACGCCUGAAUUAUAUAUAAAUCUCUGGUGUGUAUAUAUAUUGAUUGAUCGUUAUUGACAUAUAGAACAACUGUAUUGUGGUCUCUGCAACUAUUUUUUCUUGGAUCUAGAUUUGCUCGAAGCACAAGGUAGGUAGUAUUGUUCUUUGCUUGUUAAACUAAUCUUCAAUUACACAAAGUUUUAGCAUAUAUUUUGAUUAGCAAUCACUAAUUUUUUGUUAGUUUGAGUAAGUGUUGUCACGGUGUAUAUUAGCUUUUCAAUAUUUUCUAAUCUUUAAGUCAUUUAAAUCUUUUGGUUCUAGCGUUUUCUGUGAAGUAUACUGUAAUUUUUUUAGUAUCUUUCUUUCUUUUUUUUUUUUUUUUUUUUUUUUUUUUUUUUUUUUUGUUUACC